AUGGAUUGGUCGGAGAGUCAUUUGUGCAUAAAAUGCGAUAAAGGUGGGAAUGUGCUGCUUUGCAAUGAAAACGGCUGUCCUUUGUCUGGUCAUGAAACGUGUUUGGGUGGUCUGGCUAGGUUAGAUGAUGCCGGGCGCUUCUAUUGCCCCUAUUGUGUGUACAAGCAAGCUGUUGCUGAGACGCGCAAAGCUAGAGAAUUUUCUCAGGCGAAAAAGAAGGCUUUGUUGAUCUUUAUGGAUGGCGGUGAAAAGGCUAUGCGAGAAAAUAAGACAUGUGAAGAGAAUGGGCGAAAUCAGUCGAAUGUGAACAAUGGAUUAUGUGAGGAUGGUAAAAGUGAAAAGGCUAUGCGAGAAAAUAAGACGUGGGAACUGGAAGGGAAUGGGCGAAAUCAGUCGAAUGUGAAUAAUGGAUUAUGUGAGGAUGGUAAAAGUAAGGCUAACAAUGACGGGGUUAUUGAUCAGCCUUGUGAGGAGGAAAAGGUCGAAGAAGAUUCUGAAUCUUCUGGUGGCUCUGAAGAUGAGGAUCGUUCACUUGAGGUGAACGCGGGAAAUGGUGAUAUAAAUGUGGGAGAGAAACAGAUACGGGAAGAGGAACGUGAAGCUUCUGUGGAAGAAGAAAAUGUUGAGGAAGAGGAAUGGGAAGCUUCUGAUGAAGAAGAGAAUACUCAGGAGAAGGGUAUUGGAACUUCGUCAUCUUCCACCAACGAAGACUCCACACUCACUGGGCGUGCAAGAGCCACGAGAGGACCAAAAAGGAUCAAGCUUGUGGACAAAGAGUCCGAAGCUAUUUCAGUUCUGCAAAGUAAAUUUAGAGAUAAGAAGAAGCACGCAUCUCCAACUUCGACUCCUGCCAAGAUAUCCGCUAGGAGUUCAUCUUCGGCCAUGGGAACGGGAAAAGUAGUUACACGAAAAUUUAGUUCUCCUAGCACGUUGAGAAAAUCUGAAAAACAAUCCAAAAAAUCCGACACGUCUGGCAGCAGGAAACGUAGUAGACUGAUGUGGACGGAGGAAGAAGAAGAAGAAGCACUCAGGGAAGGAGUGAAAGAAUAUCAGGUUGGAGUGAAUAUCCCCUGGAAGAAAAUCUUGGCAGAGAGCGAAAAAUUCGACCCGACUCGGACUCCAGCUGAUCUUAAGGAUAAAUGGAGGACUCAGAGGUUUGUGCAGUUUGGCUACUUGGAGGAUGGUGGUUAA